AUGGCCCUGGCUCCGGGUAACGAGGCCGUGCCUGCGGCAGUUACAGGACGGGAUGGACAUCUACAAAGCGGUCGCGUGCUGCCGGAUUGGCUGUCUACGCUAAAACAGAUCGUUCUCUCAGCGUCUCCCUCCGCUCCUUCAACACCGACCAACAAACCAACUUCUACUCCGUCAACAAGAUUCCCUAAUACCACCACGACGAGCAUCUACUACAUCCUCCUCUCUCUCACCUUCCUCUACGCAACCUACCUCCUCCUCCGCUCCCUGAGGACGCGCCUCGCACCCCGUCCACCCUCUCCACCGAUUCCCACCGGGCCCUUCCGCUUCCUCGACCUACCGCCCGAACUGCGAAACAUGGUCUACGAACACCUCCUCGAAGACCCGUAUUACCCAGCUCGCCCAUCGCCAUCCCGACGACGCGCCAGACGGGCCGCAGAAACCGGUGGCGGCUCGCUGUGGAGUCGUUCCCUCGGCUUCACAGGCCUAACAACCCUCUCGCACACCCUAUCUACAUUCUCAUCCAUCUCCGCUGGGGGACGAGGGAGAGUGCGAGGGAGGGCCAGAGGCAGAGGCAGAGGGGGAAGAGCAGCAGCAGCGCUAGACGAGCAGCACGAAGGCAACUGCUGCGUCCCGCCCGGCAGGAAAGCGUCCAACUGGAUCAUCCUGGCGAACAAGCGCGUACACGCCGAGUUCAUGGACCUGCUGGCUAAGAAACGUAUGUGGCAUUUUACCGUCUCGCCGGCGAAUUGUCCGGAGUGGAUGUUGACGAACGGGUCGUCAUCGUUGUCGUCUUCCUCCCCAACACCAACAUCUCCCUCGCCAACGCCAUCGCUAUCGCCGUCGACAUCGACAUCAACAUCCCUAUCCCUAGCCCCGACAUCAACAUCCCUCCCCACCCCCUCCCUAUCCCCCCUCUUCCCACUCCCCCCACCCACCUUCCCAACCCUCACAAACCUAACCCUCCACCUCCUCACCACCUCCUCCAUGCUCGCCUCCCCAGACCCGCGCGCCAUGUCCCCCUCCUCCUGGCCCCUAGCCCAACACCUACAAUCCGCGCUGCACUCGUCCCUCUCCGCCACGCGCGUCAAGAGGCUCGAGAUCCACGUCAAAGCCGUGGGCGAUCCGUUGUGGAAUCCGCUUUGGGUGUGGUUUCACGCUGCCAUGGGGUUUGUGGGUAUGGGCGAGGAUGGGGUGGAGAAUGAUGAGGAGGGUGGGAGGAGGAAGAGGAUCAAGGUGAGUAAGAUUGCGUUUAGUCUGGAUCAUGAGGGUGUGGAUGCCGGGGCGGAGGCGGGGGCGGAUUCCGCGGCCGGGGUGGGGCUGGCGAUUGGGGAGAAUUAUUUGGGGAGGUUAGCUGCUGCUGGUGAGGACGGCGGUGGGAUGGGGAUGGGUAACGAGAGGCGGAGGCGCAGUGGGAGUGCAAAUGGGACUGGGAAUGCAAAUGGAAAUGCAGAAGGCGCUGGACAAAGGGAAUGGGAAGGCAGGGAAGGCGAAUGGUUCUUCUUCUGCCCUCGUCACCAUGCCAUUAUGCCUGUUGGCACGGCGGUGGACGAGACGGGUAGAUCGAGAGUGAAUAUGACGGUGAGGGAGUUUUGCGCGAGUUUGUUCGUCGAGUGUCGGGUUUGUAGGCCCGAGGGUGGCGAAGAGACCGCUGAGGUGGUCGAGGAGGAGGAGUCAGAGGAAGAGGAAGAGAGUGAGGAAGAUUGGGAUGAGUUAUUGCCGCUGCCCAUGGGCGAGGAUGAGGAUUCGAGUGAUGAUGGGGAGGAUGGAGGAGAGGGAGAGGGCGGUGGAGAUGAUGGGUGA